GGACUGGAUCGAGAAUACGGAGUGAGAGAGCCAAUCAGCGUGGGCAGAGAGGGUGGGCAUUGAAUCUGAAAGUUCGACUGCUGCUAUAAUGCUGAGCUCUUUUGCCUUCUGCUCUCCUUCGAUUCGGACCAGAGAUGAUGGCUUGCACUGAGAUGAUCACGCUGUGUCUCCAGGCAGGGAAAUAUACAGAAAAUAACUCUGCCAGCGGCCAUGCCACCACGGGUGUGCCGGUAUUCAUUGAUAUUUUUCGCAGAGCAGACAAGAACGAUGAUGGUAAACUUUCCUUUGAUGAGUUCAAGGCCUACUUUGCGGAUGGAGUCCUGAGCACCGAUGAGUUACGGGAGCUGUUUCGUAAGAUUGAUAAGCACCACACAGACAACUUGGACACGGAAGAAUUGUGCGAGUAUUUUUCUGAACAUCUAGGGGAAUAUGAAAGCGUCCUGUCUGCUUUGGAACAACUCAAUAUCUCCAUUCUAAAGGCCAUGGAUAAAACCAAAAAGGAAUACCAGAGCUCCUCGACGCUGGAGCAGUUUGUGACCCGCUUUUUGCUCCGCGAGACCAUGGACCAGCUUCAGUCACUCCGGAGCUCUCUGGAGUGUGCAAUGGACGCCAUUGAGGAGCAAACCAGCCGUGAGAGGCAGGUGCAGGAAACCCCUGAGGUCCCAUCAGUGCAUCGGCCAGGAAGACGAUGUGGACGCAGAGCUCAGAAGAAUAUCUGCCUGUCCCCCAGCGACCCAUACUCGGGAAUCCUUCACUCAGGUGUCUGCGUUGAGCCCGAGAGUCAGUGGGUGACUCAGGUUAACAGGCUGCAGCAGCUGAUCGACAGGCUGGAGUGCAAGACUCCAAGACUGGAGCCCUUAAAGGAAGAAGUAAUUGAGGAAGCGACUAACUCCCACAUUUUGGUGGUACAGCGGCAGAUGUCAGUGCUGGAGGAGGAAGUGGAUGAGUUCCGCCAAGCUCUGAAACAAUACGUGGAGUCAGCAGCCAGUCAGAGUGGCAACCUGCACAUCACGGUUCAGAAGCUGGGAAAUGAGACCUGCUUCAUAGUGUAUGAGUUCUGGCAGGACAGGUCUUCAUGGAGAAGCCACUUGCAAGCAAACUACAGCAAGAACUUCCAGAGGAACAAUGUGGACUUCCUAGAGACUCCAGAGCUCAUGACAACCAUGCUGCUUCCUGCAUACUGGUGGAUUACUAACAAGAACAACAACAACUGAUCCCUUUGCUUUUGAAAGCAACACCGCUCUUAAGGACCUUCAGUAAAGCAUCGUCCUCAAGACUGGCUGACGUUGCCUCAGGAUCUAGUGGAUAUUGUUCAACCCGCUGGCACAAAACAGUUUCUUUAGACAAGUCGCAUACUCAAUGACAAAUAGCUACAGUGUGUUUUGAUUGCUGAAAUAUUUAUUGUGAAAUGCAGAUGGGGUGCAGUUGACCUGUAAUCCCAGUGUGACUAAAGAUGAGUUACAUUUGCCUGUUUGCAGUAACUCCCCACCUCUGCUGAUUCCCCUCCACGUCACAAUUCUAAACUGCCUAGUGGCGUCAGAAAAAUUACCUGACCUCAAUGCUAAUAUUUAAUGAACCAACUCUGGCCCAAUUGACCCAAUAUAUGAAAGGGAAAAAAUUUCAAGGUUUUGGGCAAAGAUCAGGGGGACGGGGAAUAAUUGGUUACCUCUUUCAAAGAAUCAGCGCAGGAAUGGUCAGCUGAAUGGCCUCCUUCUGUGCUGUUCAGUUCUAUUAUUCUAAUAUACAUCUUAUAUUCAUGUAAAUGUUGGUAGGUGAUUUUCUCCUUAUAUGCAUAGACAGUUAUACACCAUGAUCUUGUAUAAUUAUAUAUUUCCCCUUUGUUUAACCCUUGUAUGGCUUCUGUACUGACACAGAUCCCAACUGGGUUUAAUGCAUAUGAGACAAACAUUAUACAUGGAGUUGGGGGGGAGUUUGCAUAAUGGAGGUUGGACCCUGAUUCCUUUGUUUCAGUUCUAGUCAAGUACUUUCGUUGUGUUGUUAUCUGUGUGAAUUGGGAAUACAACUAUUUCUUUAUCAAACUUAGAAACAGACUCCGCCAUAGAUUAGUUAGACUCAGAGCCUCCCUCACAUUACCACCACCCCCUCUAACCAAAACCUCCCACUCCCAAACAGUGUGCUCUCAGUCUCCAUCUUGGCAUGAUCAGAUGGUGAGGAGCAACUUAGUGCCAGGUGCUUCCCCAUCUGUGAGAUGUGAACAUCUCGCAUGCAUGUUUCUCUUGUGCACACUCCUCCUGGCAACUAACUGUAGAGUGGCACUGAGAGAAGCCUGACAUCUCAGUUGGUGAAAAGUAUGUUGCACAGGGAGAUCCGAAGCAGUGAAAUGGGAGGUAAAGCUAUUUAGGCUUCUCCUACUACAAAUGACUCAAGUUGAGCUGGUCCAUUGCUUGGCAGGAGUUGCUUGAGUCAACAGACAGUAGGUACAGUGGAGGCCGGAUCUACACAAAAGAUUCAUUAAUUGUGCUCUGAGUGGCUUAAACCACUUAUAAGCCCUUUGUGAUAUGUUGGUGCAUAUUUGUUCCUUGAGGGUUGCUAUAUCCUAACUCACACCAAGUUCCAUUCGUCCAUCACCCCUUUGCUCACUGAUCUACAUUGGCACUGCCUCUGACAAUGCCUUGAUGUAAAAAUUCUCGUCUUUAUUUACAAACACUCCAUGGCCUCCUCUUUAUCUCUGUAGUCUCUUCCAGCCCUAGAACCAUCCAAGAUCCCUGCACUUCUCCAAUUCUAUCUGGUUUCUUGCGCUCCCCCAAUUUUCACUGGCGAUCGUGACUUCAGCGGGCAAGACCCUAAGCUCUGGAAUUCUCUCCCUAACCCUCUCUGUCUCUCUACCUCUUCUCCUCCUUUUAAGAUGCUCCUUAAAACCUACCUCUUUGAGCAAGCUUUUAGUCACCUAUCUUAAUAUCUCCUUAUGUGGCUUGGUGUCAAAUUGUGUUUGAUAAUGCUCCUAUGAAGCACCUUGGGAUAUUCUAUUAGCUAAGGGUGCUACAUAAAUGCAAAUCGUUGUUGUUGCCUGUGAACAUGGAGGGAAGAUGUCCCUCCUUUAGUUGUAUAUUUAAUUUAGGUUAAACCAUUGUGGAUUGGGGAGACUAAGCAAUGCAGUAGAAUAGAACACAGUCUGUAAUCUGAUUUUGGGAAUGCCCCAGGUCAAUGGGAGGAAAGUCAAAUGAAUUUGGAGGAAUCUUCCAGUUCCCAGGGUUUCACUGCACUAAAAUGUCCAUAGUGGGAUACAAACUGGCGUUAAAUUGGGAAUGUCAUUCACUGAAACCAUAAGGAAGUAGCCCCCUAGAGGAGGGUACACCUCUGCAAUUGUUCUCCCUCUCUAUCUCAGAUUCUAGGUUCUGCUCUUGCAGAACUUCAAUUGGAAACUGAGCCUUGAAUCUGCAUCCUUCUAAUAAUAUUACACUGGACUUUAGAGUGCUAAUACCCAGCAGCAAAGAGACACUCUUUGGAGAUUGCGGGGAGGGAGGAGAGGGGGAGGCAAAGAAACACAGAUAAACUGUAGGGCAGGGUAGAGGCAGCUGUUCUCCUAACUUGUAUCUAACCACCCUGUUGCAAGUUUGGUAUCAGUAGCAGAUGCUCAAAACGGAGAUCUGGAAAUCUUGCCCAAAAAGCUGUUGAGGCUUGGGGGGGCUCAAUGGAAAAUUUCUAAGCCGAGUUUGAUAGAUUUUUUGAUAGGUAAGGGUAUUAAGGCUGUUGGAGCAAGGUAGGCAGUUAAGAUAUAGAUUAACUUUGAUCUAAUUGAAUGCCGACGGAGCAGGCUUAAGAGGUUCAAUAGCCUAUUCCAGUUACUAUAUUUCCCAGCACUAGUGUCUGUCCCUUUGACAAGCGCAAAUUUUCAUCCAACUGUAUGAAUAAAUACUAGAGAAGUAAUUAAAGGCUGGAGAAAUGGAUUAUCCCUCUAAAGUUGCUAUUAAGAGGGCAGUAUUCUGACUUUGUGCUCCAGACAGUGCAUAUCUGAAGUCUGGACGCUAUAUUCUGACUAUUAAAUUCAGUUAAUGCAUGCCUGAAUGUUCAAAAUGUAUUGUUGAAAGGCGAGAAUCCCAAGCAGGAGAAUGAAACCGGAAAACUGGCCCUUAAAUAGAAAUCACGCUGAGGAUAUAUCACCUCACGUUCAGGUCAACACAUGAGGAGAGGAAGAAAUUUAGAUUAAACACAAAAAAAAUCAAAAACCACAAAAAUGUAAAGUAAAUAAAGGGAAAUAUUGCAAGAGACCUUAUAAUAUCAAUAAUUUUCUUUUCCUCAUCAAUAUAUGUUUGAAUUGGUGAAUUAUUUAGAAUAUGACUGUAUUCCUGUAGGUGAAUUGUUGUUAUGUAAGCAAUAAAUAAUAUGUGGAAA